AUGUUAGUACACCUGCUCAUUUUGAGCAUCGUAGCUCAAGCCUACGGUCGACCCCAAGAAAUAUCACCAAGUGAUGAUAGAAUUCGUAUCCCGGACCCAAACUGUAUUAGGGACCAUCAGCUGCUACCUCACGAAUAUGAUUGUACCAAGUUCUAUUACUGCGAAGAAGGAUACCGUCACAUAAAGCCCAGAGAUUGUGCUCCUGGAACUGAGUUUUCAGAAAGUUUAGAGGUGUGUAUUCAUCCUACAUUAGCAAAUUGUACGUUACCAGGAGUGCCAACAGUUAGUCCAUCUACUGCUGGUCCAACAACAGUAUCUACGGCACCACCCACACCUGCACCAACAAGUGUACCAACUUUACCAAGUACUCAAGAUCCAUCUCCCGGAGAGACUUUACCCAAUGGAUGUCCUGUUGACUUUAGCAAAGAACUCUUACUGCCACAUGAAUAUGACUGUGCACAAUACUACCAGUGCGUUCACGGAAACAAAAUAAUACGCCCAUGUUCUUUUGGCUCCUAUUUCAGCUAUGAGCACCAGGAUUGCGUUUCCCCCGAUAUAGCCAAUUGCACUUUAAGCGGAGGACCGACAGGAAGUCCAUCUACAGGUGCUCCAACUACAAGACCAACGGCGCCACCCACACCUUCACCGACAGCAGCACCAACUUCACCGAGUACUCAAAGGCCAUCACCUGGAGAGACUUUACCUAACGGUUGUCCCGCUGACUUUAGCGAAGAGCUGUUAUUGCCUCACGAGUACGAUUGUGGACAAUACUACCAGUGCGUUCACGGAAACAAAAUACUGCGCCCAUGUGCUAUUGGCUCCCACUUCAGCUACAUACACCAGGAUUGCGUUUCCGCCGAUAUAGCCAAUUGUACUUUAAGCGGAGGACCGACAGGAGGUCCAUCUACAGGUGCUCCAGCUACAAGACCAACGGCGCCACCCACACCUGCACCAACACCAGCGCCAACUUCACCGAGUACUCAGAGACCAUCACCUGGAGAGACGUUGCCCAACGGUUGUCCCGCUGACUUUAGCGAAGAGCUGUUAUUGCCUCACGAGUACGAUUGUGGACAAUACUACCAGUGCGUUCACGGAAACAAAAUACUGCGCCCAUGUGCUAUUGGCUCCCACUUCAGCUACAUACACCAGGAUUGCGUUUCCGCCGAUGAAGCCAAUUGUACUUUAAGCGGAGGACCGACAGGAGGCCCAUCUACAGGUGCUCCAACCACAAGACCAACAGCGCCACCCACACCUGCACCAACAGGAGCACCAACUUCACCGAGUACUCAAAGGCCAUCGCCUGGAGAGACUUUGCCUAACGGUUGUCCCGUUGACUUUGGCGAAGAGCUGUUAUUGCCUCACGAGUACGAUUGUGGACAAUACUACCAGUGCGUUCACGGAAACAAAAUACUGCGCCCAUGUGCUAUUGGCUCCCACUUCAGCUACAUACACCAGGAUUGCGUUUCCGCCGAUGAAGCCAAUUGUACUUUAAGCGGAGGACCGACAGGAGGCCCAUCUACAGGUGCUCCAACCACAAGACCAACAGCGCCACCCACACCUGCACCGACAGCAGCACCAACUUCACCGAGUACUCAAAGGCCAUCGCCUGGAGAGACUUUGCCUAACGGUUGUCCCGUUGACUUUGGCGAAGAGCUGUUAUUGCCUCACGAGUAUGAUUGUGGACAAUACUACCAAUGCGUUCACGGAAACAAAAUACUGCGCCCAUGUGCUAUAGGCUCCCACUUCAGCUACAUACACCAGGAUUGCGUUUCCGCCGAUGAAGCCAAUUGUACUUUAAGCGGAGGACCGACGGGAGGUCCAUCUACAGGUGCUCCAACCACAAGACCAACAGCGCCACCCACACCUGCACCAACACCAGCACCAACUUCACCGAGUACUCAGAGACCAUCACCUGGAGAGACUUUGCCCAACGGUUGCCCCGCUGACUUUAGCGAAGAGCUGUUAUUGCCUCACGAGUACGAUUGUGGACAAUACUACCAGUGCGUUCACGGAAACAAAAUACUGCGCCCAUGUGCUAUUGGCUCCCACUUCAGCUACAUACACCAGGAUUGCGUUUCCGCCGAUGAAGCCAAUUGUACUUUAAGCGGAGGACCGACGGGAGGUCCAUCUACAGGUGCUCCAACCACAAGACCAACAGCGCCACCCACACCUGCACCAACACCAGCACCAACUUCACCGAGUACUCAGAGACCAUCACCUGGAGAGACUUUGCCCAACGGUUGCCCCGCUGACUUUAGCGAAGAGCUGUUAUUGCCUCACGAGUACGAUUGUGGACAAUACUACCAGUGCGUUCACGGAAACAAAAUACUGCGCCCAUGUGCUAUUGGCUCCCACUUCAGCUACAUACACCAGGAUUGCGUUUCCGCCGAUGAAGCCAAUUGUACUUUAAGCGGAGGACCGACAGGAGGCCCAUCUACAGGUGCUCCAACCACAAGACCAACAGCGCCACCCACACCUGCACCAACAGGAGCACCAACUUCACCGAGUACUCAAAGGCCAUCGCCUGGAGAGACUUUGCCUAACGGUUGUCCCGUUGACUUUGGCGAAGAGCUGUUAUUGCCUCACGAGUACGAUUGUGGACAAUACUACCAGUGCGUUCACGGAAACAAAAUACUGCGCCCAUGUGCUAUUGGCUCUCACUUCAGCUACAGUCACCAGGAUUGCGUUUCCCCCGAUGAAGCAAAUUGCACUUUAAGCGGAGGACCGACAGGAGGUCCAUCGACAGGUGCUCCAACAACUCGACCAACUGUGCCACCCACACCUGCACCGACAGGAGCACCAACUGCACCGAGCUCUCAAAGGCCAUCACCAUCUACAGUCGCUCCAACAACAAGUACAACGGUGCCACCCACACCUUCACCGACAGGCGCACCGACUUCACCGAGUACUCAAAGGCCAUCACCUGGAGAGACUUUGCCUAACGGUUGUCCCGCUGACUUUGGCGAAGAGCUGUUACUGCCUCACGAGUACGAUUGUGGACAAUACUACCAGUGCGUUCACGGAAACAAAAUAAUACGCCCAUGUGCUGUUGGCUCCCACUUCAGCUACGAUCACCAGGGUUGCGUUUCCCCCGACGUAGCAAAUUGCACUUUAAGCGGAGGACCAACAGGAGGUCCGUCGACAGGUGCUCCAACAACUCGACCAACUGUGCCACCCACACCUGCACCGACAGGAGCACCAACUGCACCGAGCUCUCAAAGGCCAUCACCAUCUACAGGUGCUCCAACAACAGGACCUACGGUGCCACCCACACCUUCACCGACAGGCGCACCGACUUCACCGAGUACUCAAAGACCAUCACCUGGAGAGACUUUGCCUAACGGUUGUCCCGCUGACUUUGGCGAAGAGCUGUUAUUGCCUCACGAGUACGAUUGUGGACAAUACUACCAGUGCGUUCACGGAAACAAAAUAAUACGCCCAUGUGCUGUUGGCUCCCACUUCAGCUACGAUCACCAGGGUUGCGUUUCUCCCGACAUAGCAAAUUGCACUUCAAGCGGAGGACCAACAGGAAGUCCGUCGACAGGUGCUCCAACAACUCGACCAACUGUGCCACCCACACCUGCACCGACAGGAGCACCAACUGCACCGAGCUCUCAAAGGCCAUCACCAUCUACAGGCGCUCCAACAACAGGACCUACGGUCCCACCCACACCUGCACCGACAGGAGCACCAACUGCACCGAGCUCUCAAAGGCCAUCACCCUCUACAGGCGCUCCAACAACAAGUCCAACGGUGCCACCCACACCUUCACCGACAGGGUCACCGACUUCACCGAGCUCUCAAAGGCCAUCACCAUCUACAGGCGCUCCAACAACAGGACCUACGGUCCCACCCACACCUGCACCGACAGGAGCACCAACUGCACCGAGCUCUCAAAGGCCAUCACCCUCUACAGGCGCUCCAACAACAAGUCCAACGGUGCCACCCACACCUUCACCGACAGGGUCACCGACUUCACCGAGUACUCAAAGGCCAUCACCAGGAGAGACUUUGCCUAACGGUUGUCCCGCUGACUUUGGCGAAGAGCUGUUAUUGCCUCACGAGUACGAUUGUGGACAAUACUACCAGUGCGUUCACGGAAACAAAAUAAUACGCCCAUGUGCUGUUGGCUCCCACUUCAGCUACGAUCACCAGGGUUGCGUUUCUCCCGACAUAGCAAAUUGCACUUUAAGCGGAGGACCAACAGGAGGUCCAUCGACAGGUGCUCCAACUACAAUACCAACGGCGCCACCCACACCUUCACCGACAGGCGCACCGACUUCACCGAGUACUCCAAGGCCAUCGCCUGGAGAGACUUUGCCUAACGGUUGUCCCGCUGACUUUGGCGAAGAGCUGUUGUUGCCUCACGAGUACGAUUGUGGACAAUACUACCAGUGCGUUCACGGAAACAAAAUAAUACGCCCAUGUGCUGUUGGCUCCCACUUCAGCUACGAUCACCAGGGUUGCGUUUCCCCCGACGUAGCAAAUUGCACUUUAAGCGGAGGACCAACAGGAGGUCCGUCGACAGAUGCUCCAACAACUCGACCAACUGUGCCACCCACACCUGCACCGACAGGAGCACCAACUGCACCGAGCUCUCAAAGGCCAUCACCAUCUACAGGCGCUCCAACAACAGGACCUACGGUGCCACCCACACCUUCACCGACAGGCGCACCGACUUCACCGAGUACUCAAAGGCCAUCACCAGGAGAGACUUUGCCUAACGGUUGUCCCGCUGACUUUGGCGAAGAGCUGUUAUUGCCUCACGAGUACGAUUGUGGACAAUACUACCAGUGCGUUCACGGAAACAAAAUACUACGCCCAUGUUCUAUUGGCCUUCACUUCAGCUACAAAUACCAGGAUUGCGUGUAUCCUGAAAUAGCAAACUGCUCCUUAGCCGGAGGUCCUACAGAAGUUCCACCCACAAACAGCCCAUCUACUGCUGCCCCAACAUCAAAACCAACGGCACCACCCACAGCUCCAACAACAGCAUCAACAACAACUGGAGCACCAACUGCAGGUCCAUCUUCACCUGCUCCAACGGCACCACCUACAGUUUCACCUACUGGAGCCCCGACAGAAGGUCCAUCUUCCCCUGCCCCAACAGCGUCACCUACAACUCCACCUACUGGAGCCCCGACAGGAGGUCCAUCUUCGCCUGCUCCAACAGCACCACCCACAGCUCCACCUACUGCAUCAACGACAUCCACAACUGCAGCUCCUGGAGGUGGAGAUGGAAAUGACGAUAAAUGCAAGACUGGGUGCAAUGUGCCCCACUGGCCCCACGAAACAGAUUGCGAUAAAUUCUGGAGCUGUAAUGGAGACCAAAAAGUUUUAGGAGUUUGCUCUACAGGACUACACUUCAACCCACAAACUCAAACUUGUGACUUCAUCUGCAACGUAUCGUGUGAAAGAAAGACAGUACAAACUAACUUUAACGCGGACGGCCUUAGCGUAUUCUUACCUUGGGAGAAGGUUGACGAGCUUGCUGAGCAUAACCUAAGUGAAAUACGAAAUAUUGGCUUCGAUUUUCUAUAA